AUGAACCACUUUGACGGGAUCACGGUCAACCUCACCACCCAGAAGCGCCUGGCCGCCUCGGUCAUUGGCUGCGGCAAGAACAAGAUCUGGCUCGACCCCAACGAGGUCAGCGAGAUCAGCAACGCCAACUCCCGCCAAACCAUCCGCAAGCUAGUCAGCGAUGGCCUCAUCAUCCGCAAGCCCGUCACCAUGCACUCGAGAUCGCGCGCCCGUGAGCUGAACCUCGCCCGCCGUGAUGGUCGCCACCGUGGUUUCGGUAAGCGCAAGGGUACGGCCGAUGCCCGUAUGCCCUCGCAGGUCCUGUGGAUGCGCCGCCUCCGUGUCCUCCGCCGUCUCCUCGUCAAGUAUCGUGCCAGCGGAAAGAUCGACAAGCACCUGUACCACGAGCUGUACCACUCCAGCAAGGGUAACGCAUUCAAGCACAAGCGCGCAUUGGUUGAGCACAUCCACCGUGCUAAGGCAGAGAAGGCCCGUGAGCGUGCCAUCCAAGAGGAGAUGGACGCCAAGCGUGCGAAGACCAAGGCCGCCCGUGAGCGCAAGCAGGAGAGAGUGAUUCAGAAGCGAAACGCGAUGAUGGGCGAGGACGAGGAGGAGACCAAAUAG